CAAGACUAGCUGCUAAUGUUGGCAAUUGAUAUGGAGAUUUGCUUGCUUGAGCGACAAUUUCAAUGAAAUUAUUCAAAGAUUCAUCAAACUUAAACAAUGGAUUGGCAAUUAACUUGCCGAGUAUGUCUGGAAACGGGAGAUAUGGUUUCCUUGUUCGAUUGGGACGAAAACAACGAUCAACUUAGCGAUAAAUACACUGCGUGCUGUGGCGUUGAGGUUACAAAAAACGAUUCACUGCCAACGUUAAUAUGUCUGAAUUGUGUUGACCGGUUAACAUAUGCGUAUGAAUUCAAAAAGCAAUGUUUGUCUUCCAACGAAACGCUCAAAGAGUGUUUGGAUGAGUUUCUAAAAACCUCGUCCUUGACUAGUACAGGCGACAACGAUUCCAUUAACAAAUCUGAAACUGAAACAAUCACUGUAAAGCAACAAAAUGGCAUGCUGUUGCAAUAUGAGCUUCCAGUGGAACAUGAACCAUCAAUACAAUGGACUCGACGUUUGGUUAGGAAUGACAACAACGCUGUUGUAUUUAAAGCCCCGGAGGCAAAGAAAAGAGGACGGCCUCGUAAAUAUCCAAAUCCACAUGGAACAAUUGAAGUAUCACCAUAUCACCGCAAGAAACCCAAGGAAGAGGUAAGGGAACCUGAAUCGUUGACAGCAUUAAUUGCCUCUGGAUCAUUGGAGAUUAAACAAGAACCAGAUUCUGAUGAAACUCUUUUUCAAUUUGAAGAAAUGGCUGAGGAUUCUGAUCCAGAUUUUGUUCCUGGGGAGGAAGAGGCCGAUGAUGUUCCGUUACAGCAAGAUACCCCAAGGAAACGCGGUCGGCCGAGGAAAAUAAGACCCCCAAUGCCAGAUGUAAAAAUUAAGGAAGAAGCGGAAGACAUGCUGCUAAAGGAAACCAUUAUGGCAUUCUCCGAACCCAUACAUGAUGAUGCGUUAAACCCAAAACCAAAGCCCAAGAAGAAAAAAAUUCAACAAAAGAAAAAGAAAUAUGUGUAUUCUAAGACUCACGUGUGUGAAACAUGCGGUGCGUCGUUCACUUCAAACGCUUCGUUGCAAGCGCAUAUUAGACGCCAUUUGGGAAUCAAACCAUUUGUAUGCAGCGUUUGCGGGUUCGCGGCCGUGGCUAAUAUAGAGUUAAAACGGCAUAUGGUGAAGCAUACGGGUCAGAGGCCAUACCCGUGUCGGCAUUGCGAUAAGACGUAUACAGACUUUGGUACACGACAGAAACAUGAACGAUUGCACAUGGGCAUUCGUCCCUACCAGUGUUCGUUAUGUGGAAAGUCGUUUACGUACUCGUACGUGCUCGCUAAUCAUAUGUUAACUCACACCGGGGAGAAGAAGUAUGCAUGUGGUCCUUGCAACAAGAAAUUUACGAAGGCCCACCACCUGAAGUACCAUAACAAGGUCCAUCAUAAAGAGCUGUAUAUACAACAGCAGCUGGAGCAAGAGGCAAAGAAGAUGAGGCAGAGGAUCAACGUCUCCAACCUCUCGGGAGUCAUCUCGGGGGAGAUCGUUGAUGGCACUCUGCAGCUCACGCAUAUUACUGAAGAUGGCGAACACGAGUCCCAAAUGGAGGUUGUCGAACAGGACGAUGAACAAAAUGAAACGGACCGAGCCGUCGCUGAUAUGCAAGCGGUGGUCCUAGAUUCGGAGUUUGCAGGCGAUGAUGACCUGAAGACGCGUAUAAUUAGUCAUAGUGAGAUUUAAUAAUAGAUUUAAUUAAAUACAUAUCCAAUUGUAUGCAAUAGAAGUAACAAGUGACUUAUUAGUGGCUUAAACUCGAAUUCAGUAGCGUGCCUAGUAAUAAAAAAACUGCCAAAAAAUUAUAUAGUUAGAAGUAAUUAUAUCGAAAUAUAUAUUUUUUACUUCCAGUUCCAUAUAAGGUCCUCCAAUAGUUACCUCGUUAUUUUAAAAAAGGGUGCGUGUACUUAUGUACGCGCGUAAGAAGUUAUACUUCUUUGGCAUUAUUAAAAAUAGUUUUUUGAUUGCAUGCAAAUAAUUAAUUACAAUUAAAUGAUCAAAGACUGGAAAAGGAGUCAUUAUAGUCAAUAAAGUUCAGUUUACAUUUGAAAAAUUAAAUAAAUAAAUAUUUAUUAUUAUUCUCUUACGAAGUAUAAUUUCAAAAAUCUGUCUAAUUGCACAGUUUUUACUAAGUAUGAGUACUUGUAAUUGUGAGUCUCUUUUCAUCGCAGCAUGAACAUAAUCUGUCAGAAAGAGACAGAGGAUUAUUUCAGUAAAAGAGGGCAAUUAGACUUAUAUUCCUAAAAUAUGAUUAUUUUAUGCCGAAAAGGGUUUGGUUAGGAUAGGUCUUAACAUUUUUAUUAUGAUAUAGCCCUGACUAAAUAUUGUUUCAAGCUUAUUUUCUUUACUAGCACAUAAAGACUGAAGUGGAAAGUAGUUUUAUUUAUAUAUAUGACGCGAUAGUGACUAAUGUAAAAUUUUAAACGAAAGGUUGUAUUUAUUAUAUUUAUGACAAAAUAUUUAAUUAUAAUCUAUAAAAUAAAUAUUUUUGAGGCUGUUCUUUUUGGAUAAUUCGCUUCUGAACGAAAAUCAUCUUCCGGUUAGAAGGUGCAUAAAUAGAAAUACUAGAUGUAACAGGUUCACUGUCCAAGCAUGAAAGUGGAAAUACCCCUCACGCCCAGUUGCGUUUCUAUGAAAAGUGGUUUCCUUUGAGGUUCAAAUGAAAGCUUAAAUAUUAGAAAAAAAUGGUCUUUGGACUGUGGUCUGUGAACCUGUUAAAUAAUUUUAGUCUUGUUUUUUGUCGUUAAAUAACGUUUUUGUCAUGGGAUUCCAUAUUAGCGUGUAUAUUAUAGUUAUAAUCAUUUCGUGUAAAUAAUCAUUUAAUCUUGUUGAAUAAAUCAUUGAUUCAGUAA